AUGAAUCAAUCAUUCUCAUUGCUUUCCCUGUCUUCUAUCUUCAUUGUUUUUCUUAUUCUAAACUCCUUUGAUCAUGGUGUAGAUGGUGAUUUAGUCAGUGAUUUAUGUGAGAAUGCAUCAACAACUGAUCCCCAACUCGAGUAUCAAUUUUGUGUUGCAUCUCUUUCAGCAAACCCUGCAAGUAAAGAUGCUCAUGAUCUUUUGGAACUUGGAAUCAUAUCAAUGCAAAUAUGUCUACAAAAUGCAACAUCUGUUCAUUCUUAUAUUUCUCAAAUUUUGAAAGACGGGAAAGAAGAACCAGCAGCAAGGCCAUGUUUACAAGAUUGUUUAGAUCUUUAUUCGGAUGCUCUUGAUUUUAUUCCAGAGGCUAUCCAAUACUUUGAGGAUAAAGACUAUAGCAGUGCUAAUAUAGAAAUGAGUGCCGCCAUGGAUGCUUCAGUUACUUGUGAAGAUGGGUUUAAGGAAGUUGUUAGUCAAUAUUUGAUUUCUCCUUUGACCAAACAAGGUGGUGAUUUUUCUCAGCUAACUGCUAUUUCUCUUGCAAUCACUAAUAUGGUUUAA